AGUAGAGGAGGGACAGGGAUCUCUACUCUCCCCCACCAGCUCUUCCCAGAAGGGCUUUUGGAGUAAGGACUUGGGUAAUGGUAAGGGGAAAAUCUCUGCCCUGAAAUGUGCCCCAGAGUGGGCAAGGCCACCAAGUAGAGGCUUGUCAGGUGGACCAAUCUUGGUGUCCAGGAGAGGCCCCAUACAAAAUCCCAGGGUGCCCAUUUCCUGGGUCAGUGCCCCAAAAUGGAUCUGACUUAGUCUGCUCAUUCCUGCCAGGCCAGCACUUCGGUAACAGCACAGAGCAUGAUUGAUCUCUUCCCAAAGGGAAUUCUCUUCCCCAGGUGUUCAGAUCAGGAGAGGUGAUGGGCAAACAUCUGGCUGCUGUAACUCACACCAGAGGGAGGAAGGGAGAGAGGGCAUAGGCCUGACACCUGAUCCCAGGGCUGCCAUGGUGACAAGUAUCAUGGAAAUCCUUGAGAGGUGUGGAGGAAGGUCCAAUCAGGAGAAUCUAACCUCUUCCUCUACUGAGAGGAUGACCUGAAGCCCAGAGAGGAUGAGGCUUGUCUAGGGCCACACAGGAAGCACAAGUGGGCAGGCCUGGGCCAGAUCAGCCCCUAAGCAUUGGUACUUAUUCCCAUUAUGCACAGGGUGAAUUGAGGCUCAGGAAAAUUCAGUGACUUGUCCAAGGUCUCAUAAUUCACAGGUAGUCAAGUUGACUCCAAAUCACAGGAGUCUUGCUGUGCCCCCACCUCAGGACCUCAGCCCUAUCUGGGAUCUCUCUGCCCCACUGGGGUCCUAGUCUCUCUGAUCUGUGUGGGCUGCCCUAAACCCCAGUUUAAGACCCCCCCCCCUUGCCUCCCUGGCUCCCAGCUCUGCCUGACACUCGGGGUGGGCAGGCUGUUACCCUGGGAGCAGAGACAACAGAGCCCUGUUCCCAGCUGCCACCUCAGGCUGCUUCAUUCCCUCUUCUUAGCUAUGGCUCUGCUUGAAGGAAACUCCAUGUGGACAAAAUAUCUGCUUCCUUUACAUCCCUUUCCCUUAAUGGGUUUUAUGUCCUCUUAUCACCCCCAAAGGGAGGAGUGUGCCCUCUACAGCCCCUCCCACUGGGCUCCACAGGACUGAAUGUGCUGCCCAGUGAAAGAGGCAAUGAUUAACCUGGGAAAAUGAUGCACAAAUGGAGGAAUUCUGGGCCUGACUGCAGGCUUGUGAAGGGCUCGUUGUUUCACUUAGACUGAGUGAGGAUAUGGACAACUCCUUUUAGGAGCCCUACACCACUCCAGACAGGGCAGAGCUGGUUGCAGCAGAGGUGCCCCUGAGGGUCACCAGACUGGGGGACCACCGGAAUCACCAGGUGUCUGAGAUGCCGCCCAUGCUACAGAAGAAGCGCUGGGAGUCCAUGGCCAAGGGGCUGGUUCUGGGAGCUCUGUUUACCAGCUUCCUGCUGCUAUUGUACUCCUAUGCUGUGCCCCCACUGCACACUGGCCUGACCUCCACCAGGACCCCCGAUGCCAUAGCACCCUGCUCCCCAGUCUCUGGUGAGUCAGAGGGGGUGAUUCUGGCCAAUGGCUCAUUUAGAGGUUGCCAGCCACGGCGCAACAUCGUGUUCAUGAAGACACACAAGACGGCCAGCAGCACGCUGCUCAACAUCCUGUUCCGCUUUGGUCAGAAGCACGGGCUCAAAUUCGCCUUCCCCAAUGGUCGCAACGACUUCGAUUACCCGGCCUUCUUCACCCGCAGCCUGGUGCAGGACUACCGGCCCGGGGCCUGCUUCAACAUCAUCUGCAACCACAUGCGCUUCCACUACGAGGAGGUGCGUGGCCUGGUGCCACCCAAUGCCACUUUCAUCACCGUGCUCCGGGACCCUGCCCGCCUUUUCGAGUCCUCCUUCCACUACUUUGGGCCCGUGGUGCCCCUCACGUGGAAGCUCUCAAGCAGCGACAAGCUGGCAGAAUUCUUGCAGGACCCAGAUCGCUACUACGAUCCCAACGGCUACAACGCCCACUACCUCCGCAAUUUGCUCUUCUUCGAUCUGGGCUAUGACAGUGGCCUAGACCCUGGCAGCCCACAGGUGCAGGAGCACAUACUGGAGGUGGAGCGCCGCUUCCACCUGGUACUCCUCCAGGAGUACUUCGACGAGUCUCUGGUGCUGCUGAAGGAUCUGCUCUGCUGGGAGCUGGAGGACGUGCUGUACUUCAAGCUCAACGCCCGUCGUGAUUCACCAGUGCCUCGGCUCUCUGGGGACCUGUACCGCCGUGCAACAGCCUGGAACAUGCUGGAUGCCCGCCUCUACCGCCACUUCAAUGCCAGCUUCUGGCGCAAAGUGGAGGCCUUUGGGCGGGAGCGUAUGGCCCAAGAGGUGGCUGCCCUGCGCCGUGCCAAUGAGCGCAUGCGGCGUAUCUGUAUUGAUGGUGGUCGGGCAGUGGAUGCGGCUGCCAUCCAGGACUCAGCCAUGCAGCCCUGGCAGCCGCUGGGUUCCAAGUCCAUCCUUGGUUACAACCUCAAGAAGAGCAUUGGGCAGCGACACCAACAGCUCUGCCGUCGGAUGCUCACGCCCGAGAUCCAGUACCUGAUGGAUCUCGGCGUUAACCUCUGGGUCACCAAGCUCUGGAAGUUCAUUAGGGACUUUCUGCGGUGGUGACAUCCUGCUGACCUGUGGCCUCCCAGCUCUUUCACUACAGAGGGGCUGGGCAGGGACCUGUGAUGUUGGCUUCCUUCAGCCCCUCCUGGUGCCACCCUGAACCUCAGGGUGAGGAGAGGCUCUCAAGAGGAUGUAGCCAACCAGAACUGGGCCCCUGGUACACAGGGCCUCACAGGAGAGCAGUAUUUGACUAAUUAUACUAUUUUUUAUUAAACCCCCUACCCUCUUAUUUCCUGCCUCCCCUUAAAGGGGAGACCUCAGAAGUAAAAGGAUUUGAUGUUGUGUUUUUGUUAA